AUGCUGGUGCCAGAAGAAACGGCUGGCAGAAGUGAAGAGCAUGGCGCAGAGCUACCUCCAUCUUCCUCACAUCUGCAGAACCAGGAGCACAGAAGUGACAUGGAGAUGGAGAAGCAGCUCUUUGUCCACGAAGCCAGUGACCUGCACCAGGGAACCCUCUCCUUCAGACCAGGGAAGAAUGAAAGAGCAGAGAAAUCACGUUUACGUUCUCAAAUCCUUCAUAGGCAUACUUUCAGGACUCCAGAUCCAGUACCUUUAGCUACCCACACUUCUUACUCAGAAAACAAAAGGGGGGAUGGAGGUUCUACCGGAGAAGCCACACCAACUGUACGCUGGAGAAUGAAGACCACAAAUAUUGAAGAGUUGCUGGUUCCUGGACUUCCGGGGAAGAAUUGGCAAACUGAAGACAGCGCUGCCAAGAGUGGUGCUGACGACCGCGGUGGAAUGAAGGACCGGCGAGUAGAGCCGCUCUGCGUAAUUCCUCUCCAGACAAGGAAAGGGCUGGGACUGCCCACAAGUGCUUCAGACGGCUGCUGCUUGCAAGGAGACAGCGAAAUAGCAGCCUCCUGUGGGGUUGGAGCUCUGGGAGGGACCUUCCGAGGAAUCUGUAAGCAAAUCAACCAUUUUCCAGAAGAUGCUGACUAUGAACAGGAUGCCGCUGAAUAUCUCUUGCGUGCUGUGAGGGCCUCCAGCAUCUUUCCCCUCCUGAGCGUCGGUCUCCUGUUCUUUGGAGGACUCUGUGUGGCUGCCAGUGAGUUCUACAAGAACAAACUCAAUGUCAUCCUGAGCGCAGGCAUCUUCUUUGUUUCCGCAGGGCUAAGCAACAUCAUCGGGAUCAUAGUUUACAUCUCGGCAAACGCAGGGGACCCUGGGCAGAGCGAUUCCAAGAAGAGCUAUUCCUACGGGUGGUCUUUCUACUUCGGAGCCCUAUCCUUCAUCAUUGCCGAGAUGGUUGGGGUCAUUGCUGUCCAUAUGUACAUUGAGAAGCACCGCCAAAUCCGAGCCAAGUCUCACUCCGUGGCCCUCCUGAAGAAGUCCACCUUUGCCCGCCUCCCUACCUAUCGGUACCGGUUUCGAAGGCGAUCCAGUUCCCGCUCCACAGAACCCCGGUCAAGGGAUCUGUCUCCCAUUGGCAAAGGCUUUAAUACCAUCCCUUCCACCGAUAUCUCCAUGUUCACCCUUUCCAGGGAUCCUUCAAAGGUGACUAUUGGGACUUUGCUGAACUCAGAGAGAGAUCACGGUUUUUUACAGAUUCACAACUCCCUCCCCAAAGAGUUCAAAGAAUCUUUGCAUAACAAUCCAGCCAACAGACGAACCACUCCCGUCUGAGCCGAGCCCGUCCCUGGUUGGCCUUGGAUCAGGCCGUUGGGGCUGCCAUGUACAGAGGUAUUUCAUUGAGACUGCAUGAUGCAACCCACCCUCCCCUUUGAUGGUGUAACCGGCGAAACGUUGUUUUUAAAAAGUAACCCUAGCUGUGCUCCCUGUCCACAGGCAGCCUAGAUCUGGAAUAGGAUUUUGUUUUGGUUUCAAAUCCUAAACUGCCAGUUGUUCGGCCUGGGUUUGAAUGCAUUUGGGCCCUGAAGAACCGCAUUUUUCAUUCUCUCGCCAAGACUGAACGUUGGGCUCGGCCUUGUGCCUGGUGAAAAGAGGACCCAGGGGACUAUUGUGUCAGUGACUGCUUGGAGGUCCCAUCAAGAAGGUGGAAAGUGGUGCUGGGCCCCCACGGCUCUUCCUCCCUCCCUCCCCUCCGCCACCAUGAAAACCCCCUUUGACUGUGGUCUUAAUCCAGAAAUAGCACCUGGGAAAACAUCCAAGCAUGGAAACGUGAAGCCGAGUGCUUCCGAAAGACUUGGGCAAUCCUCCCUCCUUCCUUUGUGGAUGUCCUGACAGAGGCAGGGCUCUGGGGGUGGGGCUGUCUGUUAUUGUGUGCAUGCAUUAAACAGCCUGGAAUCCAAUUCCUCCCACAUCGUUGGAAGAGACCUGGCUCUUUGCCACGUUGAUGGGCUUUGGAAGGGCUCUGUAUUUUCUUGCAUAUUCAACACUCUUUGUCAAGGUGUCAGGGGCAGAACGCCCUCUCCUCCGUCCCUGCCAAAGUUCUGGUAUUAACCGCCACUGGCGGGUAAGCGUUUAAUGUUACCAUUGGUUCAAGAAUCUGAAAAGAUGAUUCUGUAUCUAGGUAGAUGUUUCACCACACAUCUGCUUUUUCAGAUUUAGCAUUAGUGUACAGCCUAAGCCAUGG